CCCAAUGAGAAGAAGAAGGAGAAGGGGAUGAAGAGGGGAGGGAAUCGCUUCGAGCCCUACGCCAACCCCGCCAAGAGGUACCGAGCCUUCAUCACCAACAUCCCCUUCGACGUCAAGUGGCAGUCCCUGAAGGACCUGGUCAAAGAGAAAGUUGGUGAGGUAACAUACGUGGAGCUCUUAAUGGACGCUGAAGGAAAGUCAAGGGGAUGCGCGGUGGUUGAGUUCAAGAUGGAGGAGAGCAUGAAGAAGGCUGCUGAAGUUCUGAACAAACACAGUCUUGGUGGGAGACCCCUGAAAGUGAAAGAAGACCCCGACGGGGAGCACGCCAGGAGGGCCAUGCAGAAGGUGAUGGCAGCAGGAGGGAUGGGCAUCGGGCCCGGCCCUGGUGGCCCUGGCAUGAUCAACAUCCCCCCCAGCAUCCUGAACAACCCCAACAUCCCCAACGAGAUCAUCCACGCCCUGCAGGCCGGCCGCCUCGGCAGCACCGUCUUCGUGGCCAACCUGGACUACAAGGUGGGCUGGAAGAAGCUGAAGGAGGUGUUCAGCAUGGCCGGGGUGGUGGUGCGGGCCGACAUCCUGGAGGACAAGGACGGCAAGAGCCGCGGCAUUGGCACCGUCACCUUCGAGCAGGCCAUCGAGGCCGUGCAGGCCAUCUCCAUGUUCAAUGGGCAGCUGCUCUUUGACAGACCCAUGCACGUCAAAAUGGAUGAACGAGCCUUCCCCAAGGGAGAUUUCUUCCCUCCAGAGCGACCCCAACAACUCCCUCAUGGUCUUGGUGGUAUUGGCAUGGGAUUAGGACCUGGAGGUCAACCUAUUGAUGCAAAUCAUAUAAACAAAGGCAUGGGAAUGGGCAACAUGGGACCUCGAGGAAUGGGAAUGGAAGGCAUGGGCUUUGGAAUGAAUAAAAUGGGAGGAAUGGAAGGUCCCUUUGGUGGCAUGGAGAACAUCGGCCGCUUCCCCGGCGGGAUGAACAUGGGCAGGAUGAGCG